AUGACCAAAGCUCUUCUGAAUCAAUAUCCUUCCGAUUCUCAUGAGGUUAGUCAACACACCUCCAACAGUUCAAAUCUUCAACAAAUCGUGUUUGGAGAUAUAUGGGAUUCUGUUUCCUCAUUGAUAAACAAUUUUUUUCACCUAAUAGUUGUGCUUGAUUGGCAGCAGCUUGGAUAUGAAUUUUCCAAUAACAUGUGGCUCAGCACAUCAUCUGGUUAUUCUUUUAUGUUUUACUUGAUUCCAUAUGCGAAUUCACACCGUAGUGUUUGGAUGAUGGAAUACUAUACAAGCUGGCGAGAUUGCUCAUGA